AUGGUGAGAGGAACAGUGUCGACGACGCGUGGCAGAUUUGGCAGAAUCGCUAUAGGCGCGUCGGCGAUAUCUCCGGCUUCGGGAUGCAUCGUCUUAGCCAGUUUGUGUAGAUCGGAGGCUUGUCGGUACGAUGAUGUUGGCGGUGUCGCUUGA